UAGGGAAUAUAUAUGUUACCAGGUCAUAAAAUCCAAAAAAAACUGUGUAAUAAUAUUUUGAUCAUGUAAAUAUUGUUGCUUUACGUACUUUUUGCGACCUUAAAUGCUGUAAUGUAAUUUUAACGUACAAUCUGUGCAUGUUUAACUUUAAAUAAGCCAUUACUAUAAACAUUUUACGUCGUUCAUAAAAUUCAAAAUACAUUAGCUUAAAGCUAUGCCGGGACCGGAUUUGUUGUCUGCCCAGGGUCUUCGUUUGGAUGGUCGGAGGCCAAACGAAUUACGUCGAAUAAGGUGCAAAUUAGGUGUUUUUACUCAACCUGAUGGUAGUGCAUAUUUAGAACAAGGAAAUACAAAAGUCAUAGCUGCGGUUUAUGGUCCUCAUCAGGCAUCAAAAUCAAAAAUGUCAACUGAUGGAGUAGUUGUCAACUGUCAAUAUAGCAUGGCCACAUUUUCUACUGGUGAAAGGAAGAACAGGCCACACGGCGAUCGCAAAUCGCAAGAGAUGUCUAUGCAUUUACGACAGGCAUUGUCUGCGGCUAUCAAAACUGAGCUGUACCCGCGGUCGCAGAUUGAUAUUUAUGUUCAAGUUCUUCAGGCAGACGGCGGCGCGUACUGCGCGUGCGUGAACGCUUCGACGCUGGCGCUGGUGGAUGCGGGCGUGCCCCUGCGGGCGUACGCGUGCGCCAGCUCGGCGAGCGUGGCGGGGCCAGGCGGCGCGCGCGAGCCGCUCGUGGACGUGGGCCACGUGGAGGAGGCGGCGGGCGGCGUGUGUCUGACGGUCGCCGCGCUGCCGAGUACGGGCAGUAUAGCGCUGUUGGAGAUGUCACACAGACUGCACAUGGACUAUUUUGACGUGGUGCUGAGUCGUGCAAUGCAGGGCUGCAAGGACAUCGAGGUAAUAUUAGACGAGGCAGUGAGAGAACAUUUAGCGGAGGGCUGGACCCAACAAGAUGCCACAAUAACAAUAUGAAAUAUAUUCUUUUUGAUAUUA